GACUGAAUUACAUUACCAGUAGCUCGUUAAAAAUAAUAAAUAAAAAUUAUUUUACAGUUUCAAUAUUUUGAAAAAAUGUUUUGGAUUAUCGUCUUAUCAUUCAUAGGAGCCGUCGUUGCUGUACCAGCGGAUAUUUGUGACCAAACGUUCGAAGUUUUGCAAGGGCAGACUCGAACCAUCAAUUUCUUAUUCGACACGAACUAUCCCGGUAAUGCGAACUGUGUGUUUCAUCUGAGAGGAACUGGAGCCGAACGAUUGAGAAUUAGUUUUACAGAAUUUGACAUAGAGAAACAUGCUCGAUGCAACUUUGAUUCUCUGGAAAUAUUCAACGGCCCGACUAUUGGAAGUCCUUCCGUGAGAAAGCUUUGUGGAUAUGAGGUACCAUCUCCCUUUGAAACCAACGGAAAUGUGGCAACCCUCAGAUUCACUUCGGACAGGACUCUACAUAAAACUGGUUUUAUAUUGCAAUUUGCUACAAAAACGUCGGAGCAAUUCAGCGGUCAAUGUGAGCCAACAUUUACAAAAUCAAGCGGUGGGUUUGAGUCACCGUUGUACCCCAACAAUUACCCAAACAGAGUAGACUGCACCUACGAGAUUGCGCCUUCGACUGGAAAUCAAAUUUUGAUUCAGUUUCCGACGUUUCAGUUGGAGCGAUCAUCAUCUUGCGUUAUGGACUAUGUCACGAUCUCUACCAGAAGCAAAGUCGGUGAAAAGUUAUGCGGAGAUCUAGACGGGAACGCUUACUUGGUAUCGGGAUCUCUCGCCUCUAUCAAUUUCGUGUCCGAUCGUAGCAGCACAAGAAGGGGAUUCGAAUUGACAUAUCGAACUAUCCAAACCUGUAAAGACUUGGAUGAUGUUUGUGAAAUUGGCUGCAGAGUUGGCGAUGAUAGUAUGCUUGAAUGUACUUGCAAGCCAGGAUUCCAAGCAAAGAAAGGCGAAGCUCAAUGCACAGAUGUGAAUGAGUGUUUGGUAGACAACGGAGGAUGCACUGAUCAAUGCAAGAACACCGAAGGCUCGUUUCAAUGCGGUUGCAGUACAGACGGCUUUUUCCUAGCUCCCGAUGGAUUUAAUUGCACGGAUCGCUCUUGUGCUGUUGGCAAUGCGGGAUGUGAACAUAAUUGCCAUCUGACGGGAGAAGGGGGUUAUUUUUGUACGUGCAAUAAAGGAUUCAGGAUCAUGGGAGACCAGCAUAACUGUUCAGAUAUAAACGAAUGCACUGACAAGAAAUAUCAGCACAGCUGUGAGCAGAGAUGCAUCAACGAUCCGGGGUCUUACUAUUGUGAUUGUGAUGAAGGAUACAUUCUCAGUUAUAACCAAAGAAAAUGCAACGACGUCGACGAAUGUGGGACUCAAGGAUUCAAUUGCGAUCAUGAAUGCCGCAACUAUCCGGGUGGUUGGAGUUGCUCUUGUUAUCAGGGUUAUCAAGUCAAUCCGACAGAUCCAAAUGGAUGUAUUGACAUAAAUGAGUGCCAAGCAGACGCGAUGCCAGCACAUUGCAAAAACUGUGUGAAUUUUGAAGGCGGAUUCUCAUGCAUAGCUUGUGAAGACGGGUUUACAACUAACAAUACAGCGUGCUUGGAUAUCGACGAAUGCGAUACCAAUAACGGAGGAUGCCAGCAGGAAUGUCUCAACUUUCCAGGUACGUUCAAAUGCAACUGCCAUUCGGGGCAUGAACUGAUAGCUGACGGACUAGAUGGGGAAUCGUGUCAAGAUAUCAAUGAAUGUGAACCAAAUGAUGGAUUGGGACCGUGUGAGCAUUAUUGCGAGAAUUCCAUCGGCUCGUUCACUUGCCAUUGCUUGCCGGGUUACGAACUGACUAUUGGAAGUGGGAUUGCUUGUCAGGAUAUUGACGAAUGCGCAACCACCGCUAAUGGCAAUUGCAAACAACAGUGCAACAACCACCAGGGUUCGUAUUCUUGCAGCUGCUUCCCGGGAUACUGGAUGACCGACGAAGUUUGUCAAGACAUUGACGAAUGUGUUGAAGAUAAACCGUGUGACAAAGAGUUGGGUGCAGAAUGCGUUAACACAUUGGGAAGCUUCCAUUGCAUUUGCCCGAGCGGGUUCAACGUUGUCAACGCAAGUAUAUGCGAGGACAUUGAUGAGUGUGCUAACGGCACUUUCGGUGCGACACACGGAUGCUCACAACAGUGCGUUAACACUCCUGGAUCUUACCGUUGUGAUUGUCACGACGGAUACGCAGACAGUGGAAACGAUUCUUGUGUCGACAUCAACGAGUGUCAUCAGAAACCAUGUUGGUUCACAUGUGAAAAUACAAUUGGAAGUUUCCAAUGCAGCUGUCCGCCUGGGUAUUUCUUACUUGCUGACGGGUUAAGGUGCUCAGACGUUGACGAAUGUGCGGCAGGAACCGUGCUGUGUGAUCAGGAAUGUCGAAACCUUAUUGGACAUUAUGAAUGCGCCUGCUACGAUGGAUAUGAACUGACUAGUGAUAACUAUACUUGUUCGGACAUUGACGAAUGCUCUCGCAACAUCUCCGACUGUAGUGAUGGCUGUGUAAACACUAGAGGGAGCUAUCGAUGCUAUUGUUUCCAAGGCUACAAGUUCAUCGAAGACAGCAACAGCACUUGCGAAGAUACGGAUGAGUGCGCAACAGACAAUGGGGGAUGUCAUCAUGUUUGUGAAAAUACUCUGGGAUCUUUCAGUUGUGACUGUCACGAUGGCUAUGAGGCCGGCUCAGAUGACAGAUGCCACGACACGAACGAGUGUCAAAAAAACAACGGCGGUUGCGGGCAAACCUGUAGCAACUUUGAUGGCGGAUACAACUGUACUUGUGACGCUGACUUUAAGCUAGGCGAUGAUGACCAUUCGUGUUCGCAUUGUCCCUCGUGUGAAAUGUUUGAGCAAGUGCAAGCUGACGUUGAAUCCAUGAAACAAAUGACACAAAGAGUUCAGGAACUGAUCGAGGCAAACAUGAGACUCGCUGCUACGGUUUCCAGACUGGAAGACCAAGUCAACGAUUUGAUCAGCAGGAAUUCUUAAUAUUCGAAGCAUACGAACGAGAUAGCGGAAGGACAAAUUUAACGCUGAAAUUUUUGUUCACUUGAAUCGUUCCCACGUUUUACUUAAUGGACCAUAUUUGAAUAAUUAAUUCUCCUAUUAUGAACAUUUGCUCAUUGUAAAAAUGUCGCGUAAUGCACCACCAUAAUUCUGUAUUGUUUCAGUAGUUUUGGUAUGUCAGUGGUCGCCCGUAGCGUUUGCUGCAGAUGAGUUUUCUUUACUUUUGAGUGAGUACCCGUAACUUUGCUCAGCGGUGAGUCUCCUUUACUUCUGAGUGAGUGCCCAUAACUUUGCUCAGAUAUGAGUAUCAUUCAAUUAUGAGUGAGUGCGUGAAUAAUGCACAAGUAGCUCGUGGUGUUCCAAUGUCCUCCCUCAAUUUUGAUCAGAGAUUAGUCUUCUUCACUUCUGAGUGAGUGUGUGCGUACAGCACUAACUUGAAUCUAUAUUGUAUCAGAAGCCCUUGGCAUUCCAGUGCUUAACCGUAACUUUGUACAAUAUGCGCUUGGUUAAUAGGUAUUGCUUUAAAGAUAUCAAGGUCGUUUAAUCGGUCACCCAUUCCCACGAUUGAGUUUACUAUAAAUGCUGAAAAGUCGUUACACGUUUUUUAAUUAUUUGAAUAUUACUAGUAUUCAUAUGAGCCUAGUAUUAAUUACUAAGCCUCGUAAUCAUACCAAGGGUUAUCACAUGAUAUUCUGAUUUCCAAAAGCUGCUUCUUUUUGUCUCAAAUUUGAAUAUAUUAUACAAGCAUUAAAUACAACAUUACCUUGAAAUAUGUUCCCCGGUCGGGAAAAAAUUAU